UUGCAUGAUUUGCUGUUGUCUAAACAUGAAGACUCCUAUGAUUUUCUUCGUCCUUGCCUCUGUGGUCUAUACAGAAGGAAAAUUUCUGCAUAUUGAUUUAUCUAUUGAUGGAUGCAGUGAUUCAGAUAGAGUUAAUACGAUUGGAGAGGAUGGUGAUGAGCUAUGGUUUGCAGACUUCAACAAACACCAGGGAGUGGGGGCAUUGCCUCCAUUUGCAGAUCCAAUCAGCUUCCAAGGAUUAUAUGAACGGGCUGUAUCCAGCCAACAGAUAUGCAAACACAACCUGGUUGUAGAUUCAAAAGCCUUUAAUAAACCAGAAGAGAAAAUAGUCCCUCCUCACAGCAGCAUCUAUCACAGGGAUGAUGUUAUUUUGGGGUUGGAGAACACUCUCAUCUGUCAUGUUAGUGGGUUCCACCCACCACCUGUGAGAAUCAGAUGGACCAGGAACAAUCAGAAUGUAACAGAGGGAAUACGUAUCAGCAAUCCCUACCCCAACCAGGACUUCUCCUAUAGCCAGUUCUCCAGUCUGACCUUCACUCCAGAGGAGGGAGACAUCUACAGCUGCACCGUGGAUCACAAAGGCAUUUCUGAGCCCCAGACACGGAUUUGGGAGCCUGAGGGGACCCAUCCCAGUGUGGGUCCUACAGUGUUCUGUGGAGUGGGUUUGACUCUGGGGCUGCUGGGAGUGGCUACCGGAACAUUCUUCCUCAUCAAAGGGAACAGGUGAAACUGAGACUACAGCUGUCAGAGCAUCAUGGUCUAAUCUGUAUACAUAUGGAGGAUUCUGCUCUAAUUUAAAGUAUGUUAUUAUUGUUUAAAGUGUAUAUGUACUCAAGAUGAGAGAAAUAACUUUUUGUCCCUAGGAAUGUGAGGGUAAACUGUACAGAUAAUGUGUGAGGAAAGUGUGUACUCUGAAAAUCUCUCUCUUCUC